GCCGUUGCAUCAUGUGUUCGCCCAGGCUCACUGCGCUGGAAUUGUUGGAUAAAUCUUUCUCUGAACUGGGGCCAGUGUAAAUAUGCUUAUUUGGCCAAAGAUCAGACUAGGCGCCUCGACUCCUCGCCUUUACAGCUUCCUAACAAAGCACAAGUUGCGAUGAAUGCCAACUCUUGAUUUUUGUUGAGUGCGUGUGUGUGUGUGUGGAGGUGUGUGUUAUGGAGGCAGCGGGGUGCAAAAGGUGACGGUGGAGUAUUCCAGAGAGACAGUGGUUGGAGACAGCAGCUUCUGUAAGGUAAACAGGAUCUCCUCUUGAAGGUCGAGGGAGGUGCUUCUCAAGGCCCCCACAGACAAUACUCUGGGUAUUAUUAACGGAAAUGGCUAAGAAUAGAGAGCAGGGGAGCAAGGUGGCUCCUCUGACGGCCGUGUUGUUUGGGUUAAACAAGCCAGAACGGAACAUCAUCUUUAGAAGAGUGACUUCUCAAGCUUGCGUGCUGGGUGUGGCGCACUGGCGCGAGGCAAGGAGUUGUUUUAGAGGGCUGUGUCUGGCUCUGAUAUACGGCCGCGUUUAGGAAAGUAGCCGCGGAUCGCUCUCGACUCUCUAUGCAUGGAGUUGUUGUGCUUUGCGGUGUGGAUUUAUAAGCCAUGAUCCCCAUCACUGAAUUGCGGUACUUUGUGGACACCCAGCCAGCAUACCGCAUCCUGAAACCAUGGUGGGACGUGUUCACCGACUACAUCUCCAUUGUCAUGCUCAUGAUUUCUGUAUUCGGGGGGACGUUGCAGGUCACCCAGGACAAGAUGAUCUGCCUGCCCUGCAAAUGGGUGGUCAACAAUACCUGCAAGAAGAAUUUCAGUUCCACCAUCCCCACGUCGUUGUUCUUGGAGCCCAAAGGGAUCCAGUAUGAUCUGGACCGCCAUCAGUACAACUACGUUGAUGCAGUGUGCUAUGAAAAUAGAUUGCACUGGUUUGCCAAGUAUUUCCCCUACCUUGUAUUACUGCACACACUCAUUUUCCUGGCUUGCAGCAACUUUUGGUUCAAGUUUCCUCGGACUAGCUCCAAACUAGAGCACUUUGUAUCCAUCCUGCUGAAAUGCUUUGACUCUCCAUGGACAACCAGAGCACUAUCGGAGACGGUGGUUGAAGAGAGCGAUCCAAAACCGAUGAAAAUGAACGGAUCAAUGGACCACAAGGAGUCUGUAAUCAGCGAGGAUGUUGAGGCAAGUGUUCCUAUGCUCCAGAGGACAAAGACACGCUUUGAGCAGGGCAUCGUAGACAGAACAGAAACGGGAGUUUUGGACAAGAAAGAGGGCGAACAGGCGAAAGCCCUGUUUGAAAAAGUCAAGAAGUUUCGCAUACACGUGGAAGAAGGAGACAUCGUGUACAGGCUGUACAUCCGUCAGACUAUUAUCAAAGUCAUCAAGUUUAUAUUGAUAAUCUGCUACACAGGGUAUUAUGUCCACGACAUUAAAUUCAGUGUUGACUGUUCUGUAAAUAUAGAGAGCCUGACUGGUUACAGCGUGUACCGGUGUGCUCACCCACUGGCUACUCUUUUUAAAAUCUUAGCCUGUUUCUACAUUAGUUUAGUGGUGGUGUAUGGCUUGAUCUGCAUGUACACGCUUUGCUGGAUGCUUCGGCGCUCUCUAAAGAAGUACUCCUUCGAGUCAAUUCGGGAAGAGAGCAGCUACAGUGACAUACCUGAUGUCAAGAAUGACUUUGCGUUCAUGUUGCACAUGAUAGACCAGUAUGACCCUCUGUACUCUAAGCGCUUUGCUGUGUUCCUCUCCGAAGUCAGCGAAAAUAAGCUGAGGCAGCUCAACCUCAACAACGAAUGGACACUGGACAAGCUCAGGCAGAGGAUCACUAAGAACUCUCAGGAGAAGUUGGAAUUGCACCUUUUCAUGUUGAGUGGCAUUCCAGAUACAGUGUUCGACCUGAUGGAGUUGGAGGUUCUUAAACUGGAGCUAAUCCCAGACGUUACCAUUCCCCCGAUCAUCGCUCAGCUGGUCAACCUGCGAGAGAUGUGGCUUUACCACACCCCGGCCAAAAUCGAAGCCCCGGCAUUGGCUUUUCUGCGUGAGAACUUAAAGUCUCUGCACAUCAAGUUCACUGACAUCAAAGAAAUCCCGCUGUGGAUCUACAGUUUGAAGAACCUUAGUGAACUCCAUCUCACAGGAAAUCUCAGUGCUGACAACAACCGUUACAUUGUCAUCGAUGGACUCCGGGAGCUCAAGAGGCUCAAAGUUCUCCGGCUGAAGAGCAAUCUCACCAAGCUACCUCAAGUGGUGACUGAUGUGGGCAUGCACCUCCAGAAACUUUCCAUAAACAACGAAGGCACCAAGCUGAUGGUGCUCAACAGCUUGAAGAAGAUGGUGAACCUGACGGAACUCGAGCUCAUUCGCUGCGAUCUAGAACGCAUACCGCACUCAAUCUUCAGUUUGCACAAUCUGCAGGAGAUCGAUCUGAAGGACAACAACCUGAAGACCAUCGAGGAGAUCAUCAGCUUCCAGCACCUUCAUCGGCUGGUCUGCCUUAAGCUCUGGUACAACCAGAUUGCCUACAUUCCCAUACAGAUUGGCACCCUCACUAACCUGGAGAAGCUCUACCUGAACAGAAACAAGAUCGAGAAGAUCCCCAGCCAGUUGUUCUACUGCCGUAAGAUGCGCUUCUUGGACUUGAGCCAUAACAACCUAACCUAUAUCCCAACAGACAUUGGCUUCCUCCAGAAUCUUCAGUACCUGGCAGUGACGGCAAACAGAAUCGAGAGCCUCCCUAAUGAGCUGUUCCAGUGCAAGAAGCUUCGCACCUUGAACCUGGGAAACAAUUGCCUUCAGUCUCUGCCGUCACGAUUCGGAGAGCUGACCGCGCUGACGCAACUCGAGCUGAGAGGAAACCGCCUGGAGUGUCUGCCCGUGGAGCUGGGAGAGUGCCGACAGCUGAAAAGAACUGGUCUGGUGGUGGAGGAGGACCUUUUCACCACGCUGCCCACGGAGGUUAAGGAGCAGUUGUGGAAAGCUGACAAAGAACAAGCGUAAACAGGCCUGCGACUAAAAGCAGGAACUGCCCAACUUGUUGUGGACACUAACGCCCAUGAUCUCCCAGAGGCUUGCAGAAGAAGGAAGGAGUUCUCCUGCAGUGUACUCCCAGUAAGGUUGGAUAUCAAGAGUCAAAAUGCAGACUCUUGGCAGCUUCUGGUUGAUCCCUUAGUCUGUUCGUUUGUUUGAUUUUUUUUUGUUGGUCUUUUCAUUUCAUCACAUACAACUUCUCAGGCCUUUUACAUUAUGACCCAUUAAUGAUGGUUUUUAGCAAUAAUGUAGCAGUGCCAUUGAGUUCAGAAUCAUGUGUUUACAUUUCACGCUUCUCGGUUAUAAUGGAGGAGUCAAAGUAUGCAAAGCUGUGGGUUAACUUUAAAAACACAAGUCAGUACUAAACAGAUUAUUUUCUUGUCGAAUCAACGUUUAAUAGAGGAGUUAAAACAAUGUGGUGAUGGUUUGAAGGGACAAAUGACACAUCAAAAUGACCCUCCAGUUCAUUUCUGUGCGCUCAUUAUCACACUGAAACCAUCACGUAUUCCAUUUUUUUUUUUUUUUUUUAGCAACAUAACACACAAACACAUUAAUAAUGAGAUCACGGAAGAUUAAACUUUUCCCUCUUGAAAGGAAAAUUAUGCACAAGUUUAAGAUAUUUGACAAUUCCUCAGAAUUGAAAGUCAUCAGUAUUUGCAUAUAGGAAAACGCGCCACAUGGCGUGUUAACAAUAGACGAUGUCGAAGCGUCCGGUCGCGAUGGUUGCAAGGUGCGUCCAGAUCCACCUGUCGCUCCUCUCCAGCUACUUCACGUCACCUGGCUGCAAAAACACCCAACAAAUUGCAGUUUUAGAAAGGUAGUCCACAAAGAAAUGGUUCAUUGUUCACACAGAAACCACGGAAACUGUAGGUGACCAAACCGACCACCUGUCGCUGUUCAAACGCUGCAGUCUGAGGAGUUUUGAAAGCUAGCAAGCAAUCGGUGCUGCUAGCCUUGUAGUUAGCAACUAAGUAGACUAUUCCUACUGAUUAUACACAUAAAAUACCCUGUUGUCAGUCAGUGCUCGUUCUCAUCACUACAUAAUGUUCUCACACCUGAAACACACCUGCAGCAUUGGACGCUGGUUGGUUGAGCGACUGGUUCGGCCACGAGCUUGAGCCACGUUAUCAGGACGUGACCCAAGUUGUAAGUGUGGUGAUUAUUGAUGGGUGACGUCAGGAAAGGUUGUGAAAACGGUGGCUGGUGCAAGUGCUGCGGAGGGGAAGGAGUUGUUUUCAGUUUCAGUGUUACACUAGAGGGUUUUCUCGGGUUUGGCGAAUGUUGGUAGCUUCUUUUUAAAGAAAGGUGUGUCGUGUAUGUGUAGCUGUGUGUUUGUGGAAGAGCAAUUUACCCCCUGAAUAAUACUCAGUGGAGCAGCGUUACGCUCACACCGACGCAUCAGGAUACCCAACCCUUACUGCUAGUACACUUUUCAGUGGGAAUUAAGAGAAUCAUGUUUCAUGGCCGUGCUGUAUUUCUUUCUUUUCUUUGCAGUGAAUUGCACAAAAAAAAUUAAACGUGGAGGAAAUGCUGAAAAAAAAAUAUUGAACAAAGAUGACUAAUUCCAUAAUAAUUCUAAUGGAAGUUUGUGUGACAACUACUAGUGCAGAAUAUUGGCAAUAUAUCUGAAACAAAUAGGUGUUUACCUGGGUUAUGGGGUUUGAUCCCUGUUGUGGUGGUGUACUCGUACACCGUGAUAGUGUUAUUGUCUCCAAACAAGUCCAGACAAAUCUGCUGUACGCAGCCUCGUGUUCAUUUCAGUUCAUUACAGCAUUGUAAUACGAUGUUUCUACCUUUAUCUGGGAGUUACUCUGUUACUUUAAUCUUCCUGAACCUCAUUACUCACAAUACUGUGUGACAUAUUCGUGCUACACGUGGACUCUUUUCUUUCUGGUUUAAAAGAACAAUGCAAUAAUAACCAUGUCAGUGUAGUAGUUCGCUAUUUGAAAUCGUACUCUAACAAAAAAACAAUUGCAUUCCAUUUAAUGAGAAGUUUUAAAAUCUGAAUUAAUCCUGACCCUGCUCGGUGUGUGAGUGUCGUUUUGAAAAGCCACGCCUGUCGGAUUAGUUGCCUUAACUUUUUAUUGUUUUCUAUUGUUUGUGGUGAUCGUCUCUCGACGCGGUUAAUCGUCACUUGGAAGCGUUUGCUGUUCGUUUUAUUCUUUGCUCCGAUGUUUGGUUUCAUUACAACCUGUGGACAUUUCAUAACUUACCGUACUUGACAUUAAUGAUGAUUUUACACGUAUAAGUCACGUUAUUACAGAGGGCUACCCAUCAGUGAGAAGUGGUUGAGUUGAAAUGAAAGUUUAAACUUUGGUUUGAUGUUUAUUGAAGAUGGAGACUCAAAGUGUAGUUUGUAGACAUUGGUCUUUUAAUUUUUUUGCACUUUUUAAAUUUUUAUUUUAGUACCAGAAACCAAUUCCUAACCAGGUAAUUAAGAGUUCCCUGCGUCCUGAGACAAUUUGAUGGUUAUUGACGCUGUAUAACUAAAAUUGAAUUCCUGAGCUGCUGCCUCGAGGGUCCUGCCCACUUAGCAGUAAAAAGUUUGUCUCAACUUCUGAAUAUUUUUACCUAAUUUUGUCUGAGAUUUUUAUUUGCAUCAUUCUUAAUUAUCCCUUAUUUUGUCUCAGUCCUUUAACAUAUAUUCGUAUGUAGUGUUUUUCCUGGAGUUCAAGACACAGCACAACUUCUUUCAUUUGUUCUUGCAUUUACUCUGAAAAGAAAACCAUUGUUUCACAUUUUAAGAACACGUGGACUUUAGCAAUAUACAGCGUAGUAACUUGGUGGAAAAGCAUAGAAAUAGUGGGAGAUGUUUGCAUCUUUUUCAAUAACUUGUUUAUGCUAUUAUACUUGUGCAAUAUUGCCUUUAUUUAAACUAUUAAUGUUAGUAGUUUCUGAUGUGCACUGGCAUUCCUUUCAUCACAUUGGUUUUUUUUUACUGCGGCUGUGACGAGACUGAGAUUUCUGAUCCUAGAGAAUGCACUAUAGCACCUCUCCAACAAGUUAACAAGUACUUGUAUGCUACACAUGUUUUGCAUGUUUUCCUGUGUGGGAGGGUUCAACUCAACGACUGCCAGCCGUGAGAUUAAAAUGGUAUCAAAUAAGUAUUUAUUUCACAGCUAAUAAAUGGAGUUUUGCUCCUUUAAAUUCACAAAUGGGGCAUUAAACAAAAAAAAAAAGAAGAAAGAAAGAAAGAAAACGCAUCAGAACAUGUCAGCAAUGCACCUCAGAUGAAGACAAUCAACUGUUUUAACAAAGAGUGACAUCAGAAAAUCUAAUGUCAAACUUAACGUGCUGCCGGAAGUACUGUCGGUUCAUAAAAAAAUAAAAUAAAAUAAAAAAUCCGUAGGUUGGUAGCAGAGUGGUGUCAGUAUUGAGAUUAGUUUAUUUUUCCUCAUAGCCACUGUUAAUCCUAAAAACAGUAUUUCUCCUUCUGUUAUUAUUUCUCCCAUUGUGACAGCUAGUAGUAUUAUAUAGUUGAAAUUUCUCAGGAAACCAGCUAGUAACUCACUUUUUUUUUGCCUAAUUUUUGUUACACCAGGUAUUUUUAUUAAUUUAAACAGUUGUGAUAACAUUUUUAUAUGCAUUUCUAUAUGACCUUUUUCUAGUUUGAUGUAUUUAAUAUUGACUAAAAACUAAAUGUGUUUGUGAAACCACUUGGUUUUAACCUUGAUUCUAUGUUUUUUGUCAAUUACCAUGUUGUGUUAACUGAACCGUGUCGUCAGUGUGCAGAUCAGGUGUGUGAGUGUGUGUGUGUGUGUAACGUAUGUGUGUUUGCAUGUGACUUUCCAUGUUUGGUCCUCGUUCCUCUUCAAAUUGUUAUUUUGGGUGCAGAACAAAAAACAUUUCUAGUGUCCCCCUGCUCAUUUACAAUUAUACGUCAUACACACAUUUGGUUUUAUGUAGUGUUUUUUGUUUUCUUGCCAAAUUUCUUUUUCAUUAUUAUUUUUUUUUUGAUUAUAAGGAAAAUCAUAAAUGCAACAGUACUGACAUGAACCAUGCAGUGAGCGAACAUGUGUCUCAUCUUCUCUUGUGCACCAUUCACUUGGGUAAAAUAAAAUAAACUUGGCUGACCACA